AGCUCCAAUCUGGCAACCCUGGAGGCAUGUUCCGAGGGCGGCUCGUGAUGGCCGUGAGUUUGUCAGAAACUCGGAUGUUAUAAUCGGAGUCUCGACCCAACAUGCCCGGUUUGAGAGAGUUUGGUUUAGCUGGAGCUGCUCUGGCACUAACCGGAGGCGUCGUGUAUGUUAUCUGGAAUUCAAGAGGCAGGGAGAAGAGGAGAGAAGCGGAGAAAGCGGCGUUAAAAAAGAACGUAGACGCAGAUAAACAAGAAAAGUUCAUCGAGCAAGAAAAGUUCAUCGAGGAAGAAAUAAGGAUCGAAACCGCAUGCGAAGUCCCUGAAGUCUCUCAGCAAGGACAGUCAAGAGGUGGUCAAGUGUUGGUUUUGGGUCUGGAUGGUGCUGGCAAGUCCAGUCUUCUUCAGUGCUUCGUGACCGGCAGCACAGAGCAGGACGUGUCACCCACUCAGGGGUUCAAUGCAGUGUCUAUCAACAGAGAGGAGUUGCACAUCGAGUUCCUUGAGAUUGGUGGUGAGGAGAAGCUCCGGGAAUAUUGGCCCAUGUAUCUGAAGAAUGCUAGGGUGUUGGUGUUUGUGCUUGACGCGGCCGACUCGACACGCUUUCCUCUGGCUAAGACCAGCCUGCACCAGCUGCUGACCUCUAAACCUUACCUCCCACUGGUCCUGAUCGCUAAUAAACAGGAUCUCCCAGGUGCACGUGGGGUGACCGAGCUGUACGACGCGAUGGCAUUGGGUUUGUUAGGCGAAGGCCAUAAGCUGUGUGUUUUGGGCACGCAAGUUCAGAAAGGCUCAUCCGAUGCUCAUCCCAGCGUGCAGGAUGCUUAUGAGCUCAUCCUGGACAUGAUGAACAGCAACUGUAUGGAGUAGCAGAGCUGCACCUGAUUGGCUGAUAUCAGCCUCAACAAUAGACUAACAAAUGUCUGAAUGAAUCAGGGCUAUUUUGUCACCAAAGACAUUCCUAAAGCAGAAUGCACUUAAACAUGAUCUUUCAGGGUUACGGGUUUAUCGUUGCAUCAGUAUUUUAGCAAAGCGACAGUUCUUUGGGUGUGUUAACUGUGGUUUCAUUUGGUUUUAUGCAAUGUGGCAUAGAUGGUAGAUGUUCUUAGAUGUUUAACUAGCACAUUUUGCUAAGCACUGUUAACACUGUUAUGGAUGGAUCUGUGUUUAACAUGGAUGUGAUACGCAGGCAUUUGUAACUGUUUCUUAUUGUUAUAGUCUUAUAUUUAUUAGAUGCUGUUUUGAUUCUUAAAGCAAUAUAUUUGUUGAAAAAGAACUUAACUAUCCAAUAAAAAGUUUCAAUGUC